AUGGACGUCCUCGGACGCACAGCCUCCAACGAUCCAGCAGGAGGUCCUGGGUCACCCUCAGCACAGCAUUCUCCCAAUCCGCAAUCCGACUCAAGUCGACCUUCACUUCCCGCCACGACCGAUCCACCAUCGCGAUCCAACCCAGCCAAGCAGAAAGUAUGGCUCAUCUUCGGUGCGACAGGCCACAUGGGUCGAUCCGUCACCAAAACAGCCCUCUCCCACGGCGACAUCAUCGCCGCUGUCGGUCAAUCCUUUGAGGACGACCUCUCGUCCAUGCAGACCUGGCACGACGACCCAGACCGGUACCUAGCCUUGCUCUGCGACGUGCGCAUCCGGCCCAGCGUAUCCAGCGCACUCGAAAAGACAAUCAAGCAAUUCGGCCGCAUCGACAUCAUAGCCAAUUGCUCCGGCUACGGUGUCAUCGGCGCCUGCGAAGACCAAGACGAACACGAGAUCCGCAACCAAUUCGAGACGAACUUCAUGGGCACUCUGAACAUCAUCCAGCUUUCACUCCCAUACUUCCGCAAACGCCAGGAGGGCCGCUAUCUCAUUUUCUCUAGCACGAGCGGGGCAUUGGGCGUGCCAGGGCUAGGACCCUACUGCGCAACCAAGUACGCGGUCGAAGGACUGAUCGAGAGCAUGCUGUACGAAGUCGACCCCUUCAACAUCAAAGCCACGCUCGUGGAGCCGGGUCAUGUGCGUCGCGACGACGAGCACGUCCAGAACACAGAUGGUGCUAAGCUGCCGCUGUUCGGCCACUUCAAGGUCGCGAAAGCCUCCGAGCCAUACAUGGGUAAGGAUGCACCCGCGGCGCACGCCCAGCGCACGUUACAUUGGAUGGGCAAGAAUCAGCCUACCAGCGUUGUCAAGUCCGCGGAGCUGGUCUGGCAAUUGGGUCAUUGUCGCUAUCCGCCCCUCCGACUACUUCUGGGCAGUUUUGCCGUCGAGAGUAUUCGGGACCGGCUCAAAAGUAUCAUCGAGGAGAUUGAGGAUUGGAAACACUUGCAUUUCCCGCCUUUGGAAGGCAUGGAAGAGAAGCCCGAUGAAGGAGAUGGCGAUGGAGAAGGUGCAGAAGGGGAGGAUGUUGAGGAUGACCAGGAACAAGACCCUGAGGACGAAGAAGUGGAGGGCGACGAAGGUGAUGAGCAACAGAAGAAUGCUGGAAAUGAAGAAGCAAAAGAUAUCAAGGACGAAACACAAAUGGAUGUGGACGGCUGA